CUCCAAUCUCAUGGCGGCUGAGAACUCUAGGAUAAACAGAGAGAAAUCUUUGUGGACCAGAUAUAAUGGGGAAUUUCAAAGGAGGAAUGCCAGCUCCUGAGCAGAGCCCAGUGACGGAGGAGGGGCUUCUGCUGACCAUCCGCGACAGUUCAACUGGCCGCAACAUGGAGCCUGACAACACCGCCAACAACAUCCUGGCCUCCGUCAAAGAACAGGAGCUCCAGUUUGAGCGGCUUACAAGGGAGCUGGAAGUGGAGAGGCAGAUUGUGGCCAAUCAGCUGGAAAGAUGCAGACUUGGGGCUGAGUCGCCAGGCGCUAGUAGCAGCAGCUCGUCUGAGAAGUCCCUGCCUUGGAGAGCUGCAGAUGCCUCCGCCUCGGGCGACACCAAGUCUCGGUUGACUGACAGCUCCCAGUCGCCUAGCUACCGCAUCAGGACUGAGUCAGAGCAGGUGUCUCUGUACUCCCCGGAGCAGUCCUCCCUCCAUGAAAGUGAGGGGUCCACAGGGAAUUCGCGCAGCUCUACUCAGAUGAACUCGUACUCGGACAGCGGCUACCAAGAGGCCAGCAGCGGCUACCUCCACAGCCAGAACAUGGGCAAGGCUGAGCUGAGGAUGCAGCACUCCUUCCCUGGCGCUGGCACCCUGGGGAGAAGCAGCAGAGCAGAGGGCCAGGCUUCAACCCAGGCUCCAGCAGUCACAUCAGCAGUGCCUGGGCGGGCGAUGCGGAGGGUGAGCUCGGUGCCUUCUCGCUCUCACUCGCCAGCCUACGCCACCAGUAUGUCCCCCUCCCGCGGCUCCCUGCGCACCUCAGUCGGCAGCGGCUACGGCUCCCCCAUCGUAACUGAACCCAAACCCCUCUCCAGCAUCUUCUCCACAACCUUGCCCUCUGCCCAGCGCAGCAGUAACACCAGCGCCGGUGGCAACAACUCGCCCUACUCCACGCAGAAGAACUCCCCCGCCGCCCUGCGACGCGUGGGCUCCACAAACUCUCGAUCGGGCAGCGCCAGCCGCACGACCUCGCCCUAUCAGGCCUCCGCGGGGUCAUCGUCAGGACGCAUGGGCUCGCCUCUGACGAUGGUGGAGGGCGUCAACCCUCCACUGACCAAGCAGCCGACUCACUCAUCGUCUCCAGUCAGGGCCACCAUGACCGCCGUGCCCCAGCACUACAGCUCCACGCUGCCCCGCUCCAUGCUCCACAGCACAGACCCCUACGGACCCCAGAGCUACGACAUUUACGAGAGGAUGACGCGACCUGAAAGCCUCACAGGAAUGCGAAGCUCCUACGCCAGUCAACACAGCCAGCUGGGCCAGGACUUAAGGCCGGCCAUGUCUCCAGACCGCCACAUCGCACCCAUCUACGAGGAUCGGACGUUCCAGGGCCCGUUGUACCGCAGCCCGAGCCAGUCCCAGCCGGGCACGCUCUACAGGAGCUCCUCAGGUGUGGGGAGUCUCCAGCGCACACCCAGCCAGCGCGGUACGAUGAUCUACCAAAGAAACAACUAUGCUCUGAACACAGCAGCCACCUAUGCUGAUCCGUAUCGCUCAGCGCAGUACCGGCCGUCCGAUCAAAACUACACCCGCCAGGCUGUUGUCAUGGACGACGGUGCAACUCGCUCACCCUCCAUAGACAGCAUUCAGAAGGAUCCCAGGGAGUUUGCUUGGCGGGACCCAGAGCUGUUGGAGGUGAUUCAGAUGCUGCAGCACCACUUCCCCUCGGUGCAGGCCAACGCAGCCGCCUACCUGCAGCACCUGUGCUUUGGGGAUAAUCGGAUUAAGACUGAGGUGUGUCGACUGGGAGGGAUUAAACAUCUGGUGGACUUACUGGACCACAAGGUCAUAGACGUCCAGAAGAACUCUUGUGGAGCAGUGAGGAACCUGGUCUACGGGAAAGCCAUGGACGAGAACAAGGUCGCUGUGAGGAACGCAGGAGGCGUCCCCGCUCUGCUGCGCCUGCUGAGGAAGACUGUGGAUGCAGAAGUGCGGGAGCUUGUCACAGGGGUGCUGUGGAACCUGUCGUCAUGCGACACUGUCAAGAUGACAAUCAUCCGGGACGCCUUAAUGACUCUGACCAACACUGUGAUCAUCCCUCACUCUGGAUGGAGCAGCUCCACCUUCGAUGACGACCAUAAGUUGAAGUUCCACUCCUCACUGGUGCUGAGGAACACCACAGGCUGUCUGAGGAACCUGAGUUCAGCUGGUGAGGAGGCGAGAAAACAGAUGCGAGUUUGUGAGGGCCUAGUUGACUCACUGCUCUACGUCAUCAAAGCCUGUGUGAACACCUCUGACUUCGACAGCAAGAUUGUGGAGAACUGCAUUUGCACUCUGAGGAACCUGUCGUAUCGUCUGGAGCUGGAGCUGCCCCCGUCCCGAAUCAUUGAAGGGCAGGAGCUUGACGGCUUACUGGGCAGCGAGACGCCCAGUAAAGAAGUGGAUUCCAGCUGCUGGGGCAGGAAGAAGAAGAAGAAAAAAAAGGGCUCACCGGAAGACACAUGGGACGGUGUGGGACCCAUCCCCGGCUUCUCCAAGUCUCCCAAGGGUGCAGAGAUGCUGUGGCACCCUGCGGUGGUUAAGCCUUACCUGACACUGCUGGCUGAGAGUUCAAAUCCCGCCACGCUGGAGGGCGCCGCUGGAUCCCUUCAGAACCUGUCAGCCGGCAACUGGAAGUUUGCAGCAUACAUCCGUGCAGCAGUGCGUAAGGAGAAGGGACUGCCCAUCCUGGUGGAACUGCUGCGGAUGGAUAACGACAGGGUGGUGUGUUCUGUUGCCACUGCUCUCAGAAACAUGGCGCUAGACGUCAGGAACAAGGAGCUCAUAGGGAAGUACGCGAUGAGGGACCUGGUCAACCGGCUCCCCGGGGGGAACACCACCCUGCUGUCGGACGAGACGGUGGCGGCCAUCUGUUGCACCCUGCACGAGGUCACCAGCAAAAACAUGGAGAACGCCAAGGCCCUCGCCGACACGGGCGGCAUCGAGAAGCUGGUCAACAUCACCAAGGGCAGAGGAGACAGGUUCUCUAUGAAGGUGGUUAAAGCCUCUGCUCAGGUGCUGAACACACUGUGGCUGUACCGGGAUCUGCGUACCAUCUAUAAGAAGGAUGGAUGGAACCAAAACCAUUUCCUCACUCCUGUGUCAACACUUGAAAGAGACCGGUUCAAAUCCCAGCCCACCCUCCCCACCAGCAACAUUCAGAUGUCCCCAGUCAACCACCAUGCUGCCAGUGCCACGUCGUCUCCUGCCAUACUGGGCAUCAAAGAGCAUAGAGACACCAUCAGAGAUUACCCGAGAUCACAAUCGACUAUGCAAUUUUAUAACCACCAAGGGGACAACAGUAUCCAUAAAAAACAGUAUACAGGGUCUGGAAAGCCUUCUCCAUAUUACUACCCAUCCCCCACAAGAGAGGAGCCCAGGAGAACACAGCCUGUGUAUUAUACAGAGGAGCCAGGAAGGAGGAACUACGAUACGUACAGGAUGUACCUGCAGCAUCCACACGGCUUCGAAGACCCGUACUUAGAGGAGGUGAUCACCUACCCGCCCACAGCGGACUACAGCUCCCAGCCUCACGGACUCAAAUCCAACACCAACUAUGUGGACUUUUACGCCAGCACACGGAGGCCUUCCUACAGGGCGGAGCAGUACCCGGGCUCUCCUGACUCCUGGGUAUAGGUCCGGAGACAAGAAACAAACAAACUUUUUCAUGAACUUGGCUAUAAGUGUGUUUUUAAUAAAGUGAAUGCGUGCCUGCGGCGGGUGAGUUCAACUGAGCGAUGGCUGAUGGAAAAAUGGAAUGUGUGCCAAAGAAGGAAAUCAAGGAAUGUUUUUUUAAAUUAUUUUUUAUUUAGAAGAAGGAAGAUGAAAUCUGUUGAGGGGCGAUACUCUACACCACAGCGAGGAAGACGUGCGUCCUGCUCUGUCUAGAUGUUAGUUUUAUUUUCUUUAUGAAAAUCUUAGCUGUGAGAGCAUGGAGAAAGGUGUGUCAUGUGAGCGAGGGUAUGCGGUAAGAGUCAAGAUGGGGAAUGUGUAUGUGCUGAAGCCAAAAUGGAUCAUGAACUCAUAUCUGUUAACGAAACAAAAAAAACAAAUACAAUGAAGUUAUGAUGUUAGACUGUACAGAGGGAUCAAAUUGUAUCUGUACUUAAUGUUGAAGCUGUGUAAUGCCAUGGAGUCUUGUACAUUUCUUUCAUUUUAUUGUAAAUACAGAAAAAAACAUGUUACCUGGUUUACAUUCAUCAGCACUGGUUUAAAAAAAAGAAUCUUGUGCCAUGUUAAAUCUCUACAGAUAUAUAAAUAUAUGGAAAAAAAAAAUGUGUGGACAAAGAUCUUCCAUAACACAACCAUGCUAAAAUAAUAAAAAAGGUCAGUUUUGUUUUUUA